AUGAUUUCCAAGCCAGAAGCCAGUUUAUUCGGCGCAAAAAGGCAAAAGAGGACGGAAAUCCAAAGCGGAGAAAAUUCGUGGUGCUCGUGGCAAAGAGCCAAGGCCACUGGAAUUUUGGACGAAUAUACACAUAAACCACCUUUACAUGAAGAAGUAUACAAGGCUAUAACUCCAAUUUAUGAAAAAUUAACCAGUGAUGACCUACUCACUCGUUGCAUAGGCGGCUUUACUCAAAACAGUAAUGAGAGUUUCAACGCUACAGUAUGGUCGAUGGCCCCGAAAGUGACAUCCAGUGGCAAAAAUGUACUUGACACAGCUGUAUAUAUUGCUGCAGGUACUUAUAAUGAUGGCCUCACAAGUGCCAUGAGAGUCAUGCAGAACAUAGGCAUCAAAAUUGGGCCGAACUGCUACAAUUACUGUCAAGAGACUGAUCAAAACCGCAUCAAAUUAUCCGAUCGUUCGCUCUCAGAUGCUGCAAGAAGGUCUGGAAUCGAACAGAAGGCAUCCAGAAAGGAAGAAGAUGAGUUCCACGUGUCCAUGGAAGGUGAAAUGUACGGCGCAGGCAUCGCAGACUGAAGAUAGCACGAGUUCCUAGAAUCACCGUCGCCCGUAGAGGCCCUCUUGAAAAAGGUGAUUCCGAAGAUUGGCCCAGUAGCCGCCAUUUUGUAUCAAAAUGUCAAUAUAAAAAUUUUUUUAUACACUCAAAUACAUGUUUAAUAAAGCCUGAAAGAGAGAAAUUCGAUUCCUUUUUCCUUACUCCCAGAAUAAAUUGUCAAAGUUAGGCCUUUUUUGAGGGCUCUAGACUGG